UCGAAAUUGAGCUCGUGCUUGCAGCAGGCUCACCAAAGAUCCAGUUUUCUGCGCAUCUUUUGACUCGUGGGGUUUUCCUUUCAGAGCAGACGCGCUGUAGCGCGGCAUACGUCAAUCCCCAAUCCCCAGCAGGAAAAUUAGCAUAAUUUUCGGCGUGUAAUCCUAGGAAAGGGCAAGUGCAGAAAUUCGGUCAGUCGUGAGUGUGCGGCUGUGGCCGGCUUUUGCGAUGCAAAUCCAGGGGAUCAAAGUGCUUGGCUAGGCUGGCUAGGCGGGGGACUGUCCAGGGUAUAAGAGGUUGAGGAGCGCCUGGCCCGCGCCACAAGUCACGAUCACUGAGCGGCGAAAACAGCAACACAUGCAGCAUGAACCCAGAGCAAUUUGUUUUGGUUUUCCUUGCAGCCGCGACCGCUGCCGCCACCGGCGCCGCUCAAGACUGCGCCUCCAGACCCGACGGCUACCACUGGGACACCGCCUGCACCGCCUACUGGCUCUGCAAGGGUGGAGUCCUCGCGCUCAGCAGGACCUGCGCCGAGGGCACCCUCUUCAACGGCCUCAUGUGCGUGCCAGGCGCCCUGGUCGAGUGCCGGCCGCAGCCGCCAGCCCAGCAGGCGCUCGACCUGCCCAAGGACGCCUGCCUCGGCCUGAACGAUGGCGUCCACAGAGAUUACCUCAGAGGUGGUUGCUCAAGCUACUUGAUGUGUGAAAACGGUAAAGUGGUCCAGCGGGGCGAAUGUCCAACCUCCAUGUCGUUCAACGGCCUCACCUGCGUCAACCAAGCGGAGGUCACGUCUUGCGGACACAACAGCAUAGAGGAGAUUCCUUCCUGUUCCUCCAGUCCUGGUGUUUCCAGCACACCCUCGUGCAGAGGUUACUUCUACUGCUCAGCCGCUGGAGUCCGAAGUCAGAUCUACGAGUGUCCAAACGGACAGAUCUUCAACAUCACUACUCAAAAAUGCAGCCCUGGUUCCUCAUGCACACCUCCUCUGUUGAACUCCUGUUUCAACAAAACCGACGGCUACUACCAGGACGCCCUGUCCUCAGGCUGCCGGAGCUACCUCUACUGCUUCCAGGGCAAGGCUAUUACCUACCUUUGCCCGGAGGGUUACGCCUACAACGGUACUACCUGUUUGGUGGACACGUCCUUUGAGUGUCCGUACUGGUCUUCGGACUGCAUCGGCAAGAGCAAUGGCUACCACGCCGACUCCUCCUCAGGGUGCAGGCAGUACUUUUUCUGCCUGGACGAGAACAGGAUACGCACCCUGACUUGCAGCAACGGCCGCAUCUUCGACGGGUCCAAAUGCACUCCUAAGGGCCACUGUCCAGCGGCUGUGAAGAAUGGCCACAGCGACUGCGCUGGGAAACCGGACGGACGACACGUGGUAAAAGGCACAAAGUGUACCAGAUUCGUUGCGUGUUUAAAUGAACAAAGAGCAGCGACAGGUUCGUGCGCCAAAGGGUUUUACUUUGCGGACGGCGAGUGCAGACAGAGCGGCGCGUGCCAGGAACUUUAAGGAUUAUAUUCCACUGCCAUAAUGCGACCAUGUGGUGCAAACCUAUAACUGCGCUUAUUGUUAGACCUAAAAAAGGACUGGUUUGAAGCGCUCUUGUGUACAAAUACUUUUUAAGUUUAAUGGCUUUUAGAUUGUAACUGAUAUACAUACUUAUUUAUUUUAAGCCCUAAAUUUUGUGGUGCAACUGAACAAGAAAUAAAAAUGUUCUUGAAAAAGUAA